GGAGGAUCAAAUGACGGUGUGUUCGAGCGCGGAAUCGACAAUGAGCUGUUCAAAACAAAUCCAAUUGUGAAUUUUUAUUCACAGGAUGCGAGACUGUUUCUCGAUGAAGUUAAACAAUGCGUCUUCUCAUACUAUCAUUGGCUUGUGCUGUUGCUACUGUUUUCGAACGGUAUUCGCAUGUCGUCACCAGUAUUCCUCUCGAUUGGUCACAUAAUUUUUGCGUUUCUCAAUUUCUGGCGUGGCACCGAUUUGUAUCUAUCGUCGCUAUAUGUAUUUCGUCGAAAAUGGCGUGUUAUCACACUUUAUCUUCUCGGUACUCUCUUGCUGCAAAUUUCGGCAAAUGUAAGUCUUCAUUCAGAGUCCUGUCCAUCCGAAAUGAUUAUCUUGAAGUGCUAUUCAAUUUUAUCAUUAAUUUGA